AUGGUCGAUCGAAAGGCGCUCUGCGAAGCGCUCACGCAAGAAGCCGCAGGAAUCUUUGCGUGUGGAGGGAGCAUCGAUGAUCACCUCCCGAGCUCCAUCUCCGUGCAAGGAAUCGGUGAGGUAGCGCUUCCAAUAUCGCUCGACGACGCAUUUAGGCGCCAGGAAGCGGCCGAGCAGGCGCCGCAUGGGCUUGGGAAUCGGACUCUGGUCGACACGGCUGUGCGAAGAGCUUGGCAGAUCGAUGGUAGCAAAGUCUUGUCGUAUUUUUCCACGGCGACACUGUCCAAGCCGUCGCUGCUACUGCUGUUCGUGGCUUGGGGAUGGAUCCAGGUGGAAGCCCAUUUGUACAAGCUGCUGGUUUACGAUUCAGAUGGACACUUCAAGCUACACCGAGACACCGAGAAGGAGCCUGGCAUGUUUGCCACCCUCAUACUCCAGCUUCCUACGCGACAUCAGCACGGCAACCUCACGAAAACUUUCGACUUUGACGUCCCGGGCUUCAACUACACCGCCUUCUUCGCUGACUGCGAGCAUGAAGUGCAGCCAGUGAGAUGAGGAACCCGCGCUUGCCUGCAUUUCAACCUGGUACGCAAGGCGAACGUUGGAUCCAACGGAACUCUGUGUGAAGUUAGUGCGGCGGCUG